ACUCCCGAGCGUUGGUAAAUAUUAUGAGCGGACAAGCAAGACUGUGUACAUGACAGUGGAGCGUUGCUUGUUUCCCGCUAAAUCAUGCCCACCCUACCCGCUAUUGCCCCGUUUUUGGGUGACACAAGUCGUUUGAUUUCUUACCGAAAGUUUAGCGAAGCUUCGGCAGUCGGUUUUCUCUCAGCGAUUUUAUUCGUUGUAUUUUCUGAGCCACUGAAGAAUUACGUUGAUUUUGGAGAGAAAUGGAUGAGCUUGUCGGGUUUGCCUUACCAGAUGAACACAGCGAUGCUGGGGUUUAUCGUGGGGUUCGGAUUUGUGAAAAUUUUCUUUUUAAUGAGGAUUUUAUUGUUCAGGAUGCUACUAAACUAUCAGGGCUGGAUGACAAACCCAAAAAGCAUGGCUACCAAGAUGUGGGCAUUGAUGCUGAAUGCAUUGAGAGGGAAUGGCCAAUACCCUACGUAUUACUUCCAACCAAUGCUGCCUAAACUACCAGUCCCUAAACUCAACACAACACUAGACAGGUACCUUGCUUCUAUGAAACCUAUUCUGUCAGACGAAGAUUACAUGCAUUUGACCACCUCUGUGUUGGAAUUCAAAGAAAAAGAGGGACCAAAGCUACAUAAAUAUCUAUGUGAUAGGGCUGCCACCAAGGAUAAUUGGCUGAUAGAAUACUGGCUUAAAUAUGCUUAUCUUGUCAACAGGGAACCAUGUGCAGUAAAAGUGAAUUGUUAUGCCACGGAUCGUCGGGACUUGCCCACAAAUAACCAGGUUGCUCGAGCCGCUAACUUGAUAUACUAUGUGCUCAGAUUCCAUGAACAAACCCAGGAUGAAACUUUGACCCCUCAGUAUCUUCAAGACAUGAUCCCCAUGUGUAUGGAGGGUUACAGACAACAAUUUUCAACAACCAGAAUUCCCUAUGAGACAAUAGAUCAGCUGAUGAAAUAUGAAGAUUCCAAACAUAUCGUGGUAUACAGAAAUGGUGCCUAUUACAAGCUGGAUGUGUUAGCUCCGGACAGUGAUGGUAAGAAGAGGCUACUGACAGUCACAGAAUUAUACGACCUCCUACAACAGAUAGCUCACCAAACCCAAGAUGUUGAAGAGGCGUCUCGUGUUGCUGUGUUUACAUCAGAAAGGAGGGACACGUGGGCAAAGGUGAGACAGAGACUAUUAAUGACCAGUAACAGAUCAAGUCUGGAAGCCGUAGAAUCCUCAAUUUUCUUUGUUUCUCUGGACGAUGUUGCCCCCAAGAGCAUUGAGGAAAAUGGAACCUUCACAAUGGUGGGAAAUGGUUUCAACAGGUGGUUUGACAAAUCGAUACAAUUCUCGGUGUUCCGUAACGGUAAAGUGGGAACAAAUGUGGAACACGGAAGCGUGGACGCCACUUUGCCAGGGCGACUAUGGGAGUAUUUCCUGCAGAAUGAGAAGUAUACAGAAGAUGGACAAAUCAUACGUGAGAAAUACAAGCGAACACUCCCUCAACCUCAGAGGUUAGAGUGGGAUCUAACAGACUUUGAAGCAGAUAUAGAUGAAGCCUACAACAACUUCAGAAAACUGGCAGAUGAAUUUGAUCUGAUCGUGACCUCCCCUGACUACGGUAAAGGCUUCAUUAAGAAGAAGAGGAUGAGCCCGGAUGGCUAUAUACAAAUGGCUCUCCAGCUGGCCUACUACAAACUACACAACAAUAUUGCCAAGACAUAUGAAUCAGCUUCUACAAGAAUGUUUUGUUCGGGAAGAACUGAAACAAUCCGGCCAGUUUCUGAAUUUUCCACCCAGUGGGUAAAGAGUAUGUUCAAUCAGCGAGCGACAAGAGAGCAGCGUAUCAUGCUACUGAAGAGAGCCGUGCAGUAUCAGACACAAAACAAAAUCGAUGCCAGUCUGGGGAUGGGAUGGGACCGACAUUUAUUUGGGAUGUACGUGGCGUCUAGGGAGCUGGACAUACCACAACCAGCCUUGUUCAAAGAUAAGAGUUUUUGGAUGCAUGAUGCCCUGAGCACGUCACAGACUCCUACCCGCUAUGCGGACGGUUGGACAAUGGAGAAGUGCUGUAUGGGGGGAGGAUUUCUAGCCGUGGACCCAGAGGGAUACGGUGUCUCAUACAUGAUCUAUGGAGAGGACCACAUAAAAUUCCAUGUGACAUCACACCGAAAUUGUGAUAAAACCUCAUCUGCUAAAUUUGGAGAUGCUAUUGUGGAAUCUAUGAAUGAAAUGAGGGAACUGUUGUCAUAGAAACAUCACAGGAUUCUGAUUGGCCAGCUGAGGAAUUCACGCUUGACUGACCAGGAGAAAUUCAAUGUUCGACUGACCAAAAGGAAUUCCACACUUCACCAACCAGGGUGCACAUGUUCAAUGCAAUUCACACUUGUGUCAUGUCGUUUGAUAUUUUUAUCUUGUUUUGUGAUAUUUGAGGUCAUUAUUAUGUGAGGGUUUCUCAUUUAUUUAUUAGUCUUUGCUUCAUAGUGCAUAUUUUUAUAUCUUGCUGCUCUAAGCUGAAUAACUUUUCUUCAUUAAGAAGUAAACUCUGUUACUUGUAUGUGUUCCCCGUGCCUUUGCUUGUAUUUUGUUGUAGAUGUUCUUGGAUGUUAAAAACCUUCCAUAGCAUUUUCCUUUCACAGUGAAUCAGAAAAUUUGACCAUUUACCGGUAGUUCUUAUAUAUAAGACAGUGGUACAUUUGUAUGUUUCCUUGUGUUUAGUUGUGUAGAAUUUAGUACUAUCUGUAUGUAGUAAUUACAAACUAUAUGAUGAAUAUUUUUAGAAAUAAUUGAUUUUAUUUAUCCUUUUUCUAACAAAGGAUUUAAAAAAUGUUAUCUUUUUACUAGCUAUCUUUACAAAGAUGGUAAACCUGUAAAAUUUUGUUUAUUUUUAAUUUGUUUCAUCUCUGAAAUAUUUUACUGGUAUACUGGUAAAAUCACUUAUUUUCGUUUGUCAAAUUUUGAUGGAUUGAAGUAAAAAUAUUGUUCUGUUGGGAUUUAAUUCCUGGUUAGUAGACAAACAUGAUACUUUAACUACAAACUGGAACAUUUCUUGGAUGACAUGAAUCCUUGAAUCUUUUCAUGAAAACAAUGAAAAUUAACCCACAUUAAAAAUUAGUGAUAUCACGGUAUUUAUAUUUUAUACUGGUACAGAUAUUGUAUGUGUGACCAGAGUUAUCUAAUCUUGACCCUGUAACCUUGACCUUUUGUGAUGUAAUAAUGUGUUUUAUCAUUCUUGACAGAAAUAUUCAAGCUCUGCUUUAUCAUUUAUGAAUUUAAUAAGCUAAGGGUUCAGUUACCAGUAUUCAACAUUUGCAUAAAUCUUUACAGCUAAUAUCUAUUUUAUAUUUAUAUCUAAUAUCUGUUUUACUUUCAAAAAAAAAAAAACGAGAUGUUAAUCUUAGUUGCUUACAAGGAAAGUACGGUACUAUGUUUUUCUGUCUAUCUAAGACAGAAGAUUUUAUGGAAACCAGAAUAUAUCAUACACAUACCCACUUCCUAUUUAUUUAUUUUAUUCCAAACUCAUGUUUUUAAUUUUUUUUUAAAUAAGGAACAUUUAAAAUUCUUACACAAAGAAUGAUUCGUAUUGAAGAAAAAGUCUACUGAGUGGUGAUGAACUUCUGACCUUUGUCAGCCAUCUUGUGGAUGAGGAAACAAAAUUUAGUCAACAAUAUUGACCUCUAGUUAAAAUAAUUUGAUUGUCAUCAAAUUAUAUUAGUUUUAAUUUUAUGCCUCUCUCUCUCUCAGAAGAAUGGUUUUCUUUCACAUAUAUGGUGUUCAUUAUAUAUUUUCUUUGAGCUCAUAUUGUAGAAAUCUCCAUAUGGUGCUUAAAAUUACUAAAUACACGUAUACAUCAAUAAAUUUGAAUGAAUAAAUUAAAAUGUAAAUAAUGUAAAAGUACAACUCAAAUUGCAAAUUCUUCAAAUUGUAUAUUAGUGACUUGCUUCUCCUGUUACAUCUGUCUUUACCGGUGUUUAUUUAUUGUUCACUUUAUUUAUACUUUCAACAAAACAGGCAAAUUUGUCAAUUAAGAAUAUUUUCUUUGUGUCCAGACAUUUCUGGAACAAGUUAAACUUUGUUUUGAAAUAGUUCUUAGUGUAUAAUGCUGUUUGUUUUGUUUGACUAGAACUUUUUAUUUCAGAAUAAAUGUUUAAAAUGAAAUAAAUCUGUAUGCUUUCUAUA